CCGAGCUGCUUUAACUCUAAUGGGAUUACUAGUAAAUAUACGUCUGGGGUCCGCCACACUCACCGGGAUGUCUUCAACAAGUCCGUACCUUGUGAAUGUUACGCCGUCGGCCGCGACUCCGGCCUGGGUCGUGGACUCUGCUGCUACCACCGUCGUCCAGAUCUCAACCCUGAUGGUGAUUUUUAUCGCAGCUUUCCUCGGUAACGGGGUGAUAUUUCUUGUCUUUGUUCGCAAACCAUCACUGCUAUCCGUCUCCAAUCGGUUUGUUCUACACCUCGCCGUGUGUAACUUCCUCAUGUGUGUUGUAGUGAUGCCACCUGUUCUGGUAUCAGUUAUCUCAACGGACUGGAUGUUAUCUCAGCAGAGCUGUGCUGCGACUGGGUUCUUGAACCUCCUUCUCUUUGCAGCUAUUAUUUUAACGUUAGUCAUGAUAACGGUGGACCGUUACAUAGCUGUGAUGUUACCGUUACUGUACUAUACCUAUAUGACGACUAGACGAGCUGCCCUUAUGAUCCUAGUGGUGUGGGUGCUAGCUCUGACAUUCGCCCUCCCGCCUGUUCUUGGUUGGAGCUCGGUGUCCUAUCACCCCCAUCGGUUCAUCUGCACCGUGGCCGUGCCAACUGGGGACGCUUCAGCAAGCGAUGGGUAUGAGAUCUUCCUUAUGGUCGGUGGAUUCGCUAUCCCACUUACCUCAAUGGCUUUCAUGUACGGCCGGAUGUACUUUGCAGCUAGGGACCUCCUAGCACGCGACCGGCACCGUUGGUUCAGGGUGCCCUCAUCAGACAGGAAUGGUUCGAGUCCAAGUAGCUGCGCUCCCUUCCGGAGACCUCGGGGCCUCACGAGUGGAGGGAUCAAGAAGAUUUUACAGGUCCACAUUGGGGACGAGUGGAGGACGGCCCAGACCGCCCUGAUAGUCAUGUUCAGUUUUGUCAUUUCGUGGUUGCCGUAUUACGUAGUCAGCUUCGUGGAGGUAGCCCUGAACAGACAUGUGUCACCUUUUUGGGAGUGGAUUCCCCUGUGGUUGGCUUUCUCGAGCUGCGCGUUUAACCCGUACGUGUACGUAUUCCGGAGUGCGUCCAUGCGUCACCAUGCUUUGUCAUUAGUUGGUGUGCAUCGACGUAGUACCAAGGAUGCCAGAUUUUUCAUCGAGACUUCUUGAAACGUCGGCUCCUUUAGCUCUGGGUGGUAAUUCGCACUUAAUGACAUCUUGGAGACAUUCAGAAGUUUGGUCGAAACGUCACAAACUGUUUUAUGCUCGUGCGAAUAUUGAAACAGAGAUUCAAUGAUAUUGCUUCCUCCUUGGACGGGUAUUGCAUCCCACACAAAAACCACGGGAGAGACUAAUAUAGUUUUAGCGGGAUGUACUCACUUGAUGUUUAUACAAACCGAGUAAGGAAGAAGGGUAAAUAGUUAGUUAACUUAUUUUGAACUGGACACUUUAACUGAACUUUUUCACUAUGAAGGCAUGGAACCUGACAUGGCUGUACUGUUACAACUUAAAUAACGAUCAAUCACUCAUCGAAUGGUCAAGUAUAUUCGUAACAUUCUCAAAUUAGAAAGAGAAUUUAAAGCCCGGCCAUUAGCCGUUUUGAAAACCCAAUAAAAAGUGUCCACCUCAUGUAUACAGACAAGCCAUUUGAACAUUACAUUAUUCAAAUGGGUUUUU